ACUACUCUUCACAAACUUUCUGGUCAAACGCGUCUGCUUGUGCGUCCUUCUCGUGAAUUUGUAUUUUGUAUUGACAAUAUUAUAAAGGAGUACAGUGAAUAAUUGUAUUAAAAAAAUGCAAGGAACAAUCAUAGAAAAUUUAAGUGGUAGAAAGCUUUCAGUACUCGUAAUAUUAUUAAUUAUUGCACAAAUAAUUUGUUUUUUAAUAGGCGGGCUUAUUGCUCCAACUCCAGCCAGUAGUCAAAAUAUACUUGGUACACCUUGCAAAGAUAUUCGUGUAAAUGGAUCUGAACCAGGUGAAGGAAAGUGGUUUUAUUCAAGAGGAAAAGGCUCUUGUAUUCCUAUUGACAUGAAUAGGUAUAGCUUUGAUAAUCAUCAUCAGGCAUAUCAAGUUGUUUAUACUUUCCAGAUGCCUGUACCUCGAAAUAGUAUGCAACUUGAUUAUUCUAGAUGGCAACAAAAUUUGAUAGGUGUUUUGCAAGUGGAUAUUGCUUAUCAUAGUCAGAUAGAAAUUGCUCCUAGAACCAAAAUAACAUUGGAUGCAAGACUUGCUUACAGAAAUAAGGGAGAUCUAGAUGAUGAUUGGAAACCAUAUGCUGCUUCUGUGGUAGAAAGAAUUCUAGAUUGUAGCAUUGAUAACGUAAAUAUAUAAAAUGGUCAAUUAAAUAUGGUAAAUGUAUAUUUAUUUACAGUCUUUUUUUGUAGGCUAUGGAGCAGUAUAUUUACAAUUGUUUAUAGACAUAUUAAUCAAGGCUUAGGACAUAUAACUGAUUUAUGGCUUACAGCUAUUAAUCAAAAUGGUGGAUUUACAAAAGUAUGGGUCAGUUUAAAAACCAUAUAUUUUCCAAUUGUUCUCUGUGUUCUUACUUGGUACUGGAGACGAGUACAUAUGCUUUCUAGAUCACCAGCACUUUUGGAGUACUUACUUCUAGCACUAGGCAUAGCUUUGUCAUUUUUAAACAUGCCUUUGGAAUAUUUAACACUUGCUUAUGAUAUGCCAUUUAUGCUUUUAUUGGGUGAUAUUAGACAAGGAGUAUUCUAUGCAAUUCUUUUAUCCUUUUGGCUUGUGUUUGCUGGAGAACAUCUUAUGAUACAGGAAGGUGAACAAAGAAAUUCUUUAAAAUGUUACUGGCGUCAUCUUUCUGCAGUAGGCAUUGGAUGUCUAUCAUUAUUCGUAUUCGAUAUGUGCGAACGUGGAGUACAAUUACGAAAUCCAUUCUACUCAAUUUGGGUUACAGAUCUUGGGACUAAAUUUGCUCUGUCAUUCAUAAUCUUAGCCGGAAUAUCUGCUGGCAUGUACUUAAUAUUCUUGGCUUACAUGAUAUGGAAAGUAUUUAUGAAUAUUAGUGCAAAAAGAGCUGCAUUACCUAGCAUGAGUUCAUCUCGACGUUUACACUAUGAAGGUGUAGUAUAUCGAUUUAAAUUUUUGAUGAUCGCUACGCUACUAUGUGCAUCUUUAACGGUUGUUGGUUUUAUUCUUGGCCAGGUUGCAGAAGGACAGUGGAAAUGGGAUGAAGAAUUACAUUUAGAAAUGACAUCAGCAUUUUUUACUGGUGUAUAUGGAAUGUGGAAUAUUUAUAUCAUAGCAUUAUUAUGCUUAUAUGCACCAUCACAUAAACAGUGGCCUAUUGAACCAUCCGAGAAUAGUAUUAGUGAAGAAAUUGAAUUUUCACGUUUAUCGACUGAUCCUAAUGAAAUGUUGUCUUUGACAGCAUUCGCACGAAAAGCAGCUGUAGAAUAAGUAGUAUACAUUUUUUAUAAGAAACAAAACAGUGGCCAUUGAC